AUGUGUCAUCGCAGAAUGGAUCAUUCCAGGAAAGCAGUGUUCGCAUGUAAUGAGAGUGUAGCGAUACGCUUGGGGGCUCGGUUCCUUGCGUCGAUGUCCCACCCCAGAAGCAGGGACGUGCUGCCCCCUAUCAGACCAGCAGCGACGUGCUCCGCCCCGCCUAUCAGCAUCUCCAGGCGGUGUAGAGGAGCGGCGAGUCCGGAGGAGAAGGAGCACGCAGCAGAGACUUCAACGGCUCCCGCGUUCGUCCGACACUCGAGAGCGGCUCCCCGGCGAGAGGAGGUGAUGAUGGCGGCGGCUGUAGAGCGAGGAGGCGUCCGGGCCGCUUUCCUGAACCCGGGAAGCGGCGGCGGCGGACCCGCACCGACGACCCUGCCGGCCGGAGCGUUAGCCGGGUCUGUGGUCCUGGGCUCGGGCUCGGGCUCGGGCUCCGGCAGCACGCCCGUGCCCAUGAACCUCUUCGCGACCUGGGAGAUAGACCGAUCAUCCCCGAGCUGCGUACCGAGGCUCUGCAGCCUCACGCUGAAAAAGCUGGUCGUACUCAAGGAACUGGAUAAAGAGCUGAACUCCCUGUCUAUAGCUGUCAAAAUCCAGGGUUCGAAGCGUCUUCUAAGAUCAAAUGAGUAUGUCGUUCCACCCAGCGGACUGAUGGAGACGGACUUGGAGCUCACAUUCUCACUACAGUACCCCCAUUUCCUGAAGAGGGAUGCCAACCGACUCCAGAUCAUGCUGCAGAGGAGGAAACGCUACAAAAACCGCACCAUCCUGGGCUACAAAACAUUGGCUGUGGGAGUCAUCAACAUGGCCGAGGUGAUGCAACACCCGACAGACGGAGCACAGAUUCUGGGUCUCCAUAGCAACGUGAAGGAAGCGCCAGUGCGUGUGGCGGAGAUCAGCGUGUACUCUCUGUCCAGCCAGCCCAUCGACCAUGAGGACGGCAGCGGUCAGGCUGGCCACAAGACCAAGACCUCAGACCGCUCCCCAGACAUGGAUAACUACUCUGAGGAGGAUGAUGACAGCUACUCGUCAGAGCAGGAAGCCAGCGAUGACGCAGUUCAUGGCCAGGACCUUUAUGAUGAAGACGACGAGGUGAGGAAGCCCAAGAAAGCCCGGAGGAAAAUGAUCCGAACCACCUCCAUGACCCGGCAACCUAACUUCAAGCAGAAGUUUGUGGCCUUGCUGAAGAGGUUCAAAGUAACUGACGAGGUUCUGGACUCUGACCCAGUUGACCAGACCCAGGAAGUGGAGGAGGAUCUGGACCUACUCUACGACAGCCUUGAGGUGUACAACCAGAGUGACAGUGGUCCAGAGAUGGAGGACAAUGAGAGCGUCCUGAGCACGCCCAAGCCCAAGCUCAAGCCGUUUUUUGAAGGGAUGUCUCACUCCAGCUCCCAGACGGAGAUUGGAAGCAUACACAGCCAAAAAAGCCAGCAGAGAGAGCUGUCGUGUCCUAGUGGAGAAUUUCUGACCGUGGACAGAUGUAAAGGGGCCCGCUAUCAGGAAGACAGCAGCGUCACAGAUACAAUUGUUGGGGAGCCGGAGACUGAGGAAAGGGGGCCAGGACCGGGGGAGGUGAGCAGCUGGGACGUCAACACUGAACGGGUGACCAGCACGGUUGGCAAGCUCUGCAAGACAGAGUCCCAAAACCACAUGUCUCCAAGUAAGGUGGAGAACAGGCUACAGAGGCGUCCCCGCAGCACCUCCAUGAAAGACAGACAGAACUCCAAGGCCCAAAGCGACAGGACCAGCAGCAUGGAGAGCGAGUGCUCCCCGGAGUCACGGCUCAUCGCACAGGUUCCCCGGAAGUCUGUGUACGACCAGCUGAACCAGAUCCUCAUCUCUGACGAGCGCCUGCCUGAAAGCAUCAUCCUCAUCAACACCGUGGAGUGGCAAGGACAGUACGUGUCCGAGUUGCUCCACGAACAGGGCCAGCCCAUCGUGUCCACUUGCUCCGCUGCAGACGUUCAGGCCGCCUUCAACACUAUCGUCACUCGAAUUCAGAGAUUCUGUAACUGCAAUGCACAGACACCGCCGACGAUGAAGGUGGCCGUGGCAGGCGACCAGAGCUACCUCAGCACCAUCCUGAGGUUCUUCGUGGAGCAGCUGGCAAACAAGACGCCCGACUGGCUCAGUUACAUUCGCUUCCUGGUGAUCCCCAUCGGUUCUCAUCCCCUGGCAAAGUACGUGGCCUCCUUUGACAGCCGCUUCAACAGCAUCUUCAUGGACACUGCGUGGAGGGAGCUGUUCUGCAGGACGGAGCGGCCCGCCUCGGACAACAUUGAUGUAGCAGGACGCAUUGUUCAAUAUUUGGUGGGUGCCAACGUGUCCCACCAGUUCCCCAUCUCUGAAGCAAUGCUGACCUACAAACAGAAGAGGAAAAGAAGUUUGUAUUUUGAUUUUUACAUCAGCCCAGAUGAGGACUCCUGUCAGAAAUUUGUGCCAUUUAUUGGGGUUGUGAAAGUCGGGAUUGUGGAGCAAAGCCUCUCAACUUCAGUGGACUCGGAUGAUGCGAUGGGGGUCAACACAAGCAUCCUGUCCUCCCCAACGCCACCGCUGGCUGGUCCGUAUGGGAAGGAAAUAGGGGGCACCCCCCCGCAGUCGCCGUCUGUGUCCACCGCCCUGUCUGGAACGGGCAGCUCCCCGUGUUCCGGCAGUGAAGUGAUGGGGCUUCAGGUGGACUACUGGACGUGGCAAGGCCCGGAGAAGAAGAAAGACGGAGAGAAGAGAGACGUGGGACUGAAAAACACCCUGAAGAGCAACUUCCGUUCACUGCAAGUCAGCCGCCUGCCUUGUGGAGGGGAACUCACCCCCCCACCCAGCAUGGCCAUGACUGUGGUCACCAAGGAGAAGAACAAGAAAGUGAUUUUCCUCAGCAAGAAGCCCAAGGAGAAAGAGCUGGACUCUAAGAGCCAAGUCAUUGAUGGCAUCAGCAGGUUGAUCUGCACAGCCAAGCACCAGCACACGAUGCUGAGAGUCACAAUCGAUGGAGUGGAGUGGAACGAUGUGAAGUUUUUCCAGCUCGCCGCCCAGUGGCCGACUCACGUCAAGCACUUCCCGGUGGGGAUCUUUGGUUACACUAAGCCAGUGUGAGCGCGACCACCACCUGUCUCUCCGCUGAACUUGUCUCACCGAGAGGCUACAGAGAAGUAGAAGAAAAGCCGACUGCCCCCCCCCACGCCCCGCCCCACUGGCAGUACUAGUUUUCCUGUGGAAAUCUUACUGACUCGCAACCACCUGUUCAAUACACAAAUGUCAUGUUCUCAUUUGGAUGUUUUUGAUGUCGACGUUGUUGGGUGUUGUUGUUGUUGUUGUUGUUUUUUUACACACUACGAAAAGAACAAGUACUAUUUUGUAAGAUUUGUGUUACCGCCUCGGGGGUAUCUUGGGGUAUUUUGACAAUUUGCCACAUUUCGAUAACGGCAGCUGUGUUUGCACUUUGUUUUUGUUAACAUUUUAUUAUUUCUGUGAAAUCCUACAUUUAUUGUUACUCUAUAGACCGUGGAGGAGUGUGAUGGUGAUGUGCAGUGGCGUGUGUGAGAUGGUUUGAGAUGGUGUUUGUGUGUAUAUUGUUGAAAGUUGGAAUAUUGCUGUGAAUCUAGAUGGAAUCCUCCUCAAACUCAGUGCUCAGUUUUCUUACUCGUCCCUUUUACUUUCUCAAAAAGGUAAAUUUUUAUAGAAAGGAACAAAGGUAGCUAUAAUGAAUGUAGCUAACAAGCAUUUGUGACUUGGGAGAAGUUCAGAUCAUUUGGUUAUUACACUCUUCACUCUUUGUAUCGGUGGACCUUCGGCCUGCACCGUAACAUCUACUUAGGAGCAGGGCAACCUGACACCACAGAACUUCAACUAUCGACAGCUGAAUACCAAAUUUAGUUCUGACUCUAUUGUUUCAAACCGCCCCCCUCGUCCCCCAUGCUGGAUCCCUCCAGAUGUUCCGGUGACGUGCCAAAGUAAAGUUCCCUUUACAGUGUAACCACCAGAGCCUCCUGGCUCGGCCAGACUUCGCAGUAUGUUGAACAGAAAACUAAAAUUGUACAUUCAAUGUGUCCUUGGUCCCUGUGGAGAUCAGUAUUUAGAUUACUGAGAUAUUAAGUCUGACAAAUGUUCCAGUUUGUGCUCCACAUUUGGCCAAACAUAAUCCCGUUGAGCAUUUGCAAGACGUGUGUGCGCAUCCCGACCAAGCAAUUACCGCUGUUUCCUUUUCUUCCCCGUAGCAGGUGCACUCAGGCGUCACCUGACCUUAAAUAAGCCGAUGGGUCCGAGGGUGGCGUGGUGGCCUGCUGCGGGAAAAUGAGUCGGACUUGAAGUAGUGAGGAGCGCAAUGCAAGAAUUGAAAAACAUGACAUAGUGUAAGGAGUCUCGCCAGAUGUCCACGUCCCUGCCUGCCUACCUGUGUGCGCGUGUGUGAGUGUGUAGGUGUGCUAUAUGUUCAAUGGUACUCCCUGAAUAGUGUUACGUAAAACUUUUGCAAUAGGAAACCUUUGAACAAAGUUGCGCUCCACUUACAAGCUUUGAUUGGCUGUCUUUUAUAGAAAUGUAUAUAAAUAUAUACAUCAUUUUGUGAAUUGCAACCCCACCCCCCUCCACUAAAUUGAAAGCACAAAUGGCUUCCCUUUAUUUCUUGACAUGUCAAAAAUGCCAAAUAUAUAUAUAAAAAUAUAUAUUUCCAGAACUCAUAACUAUGAAGUUGACUUGUACAAAGUAAACACUUAUUAGCUUUGCCAUUUCCCUGACUUUGUAAUGCACUUUCAUGUGGUUUUAUACAUAUAUUCACUCAAAUUUGGGACACAGUUUAUUUUGAGGUGAUGUGAUGUAUUUGAAAAGUUAACCACUACCUAUAGUCAAGAGAAGGCAGUUCAUUUGUUUUCUAGAUGAUACUUUUUCAUCAGGAUGUUUAUGUUGACCGCCGUCUGUUACUUUGUUUUUGCCACUUGAUGUUGAAAAGUUUUUGUUUUUUUUGCAGCUACCACCACCACACGUGUCUGCCUGUAACUGUACAAUCAAGUUUUCUUGUCUCCUGCUUUUUCAAAGGGUUCGCCUUCUCCUUUUAGACGGGAAACCAACUGGCCCUUCAAGAUCUUGGGUCUGUGAAAUUUCAGCCGAGUUGUUUGAGGGAAUGUGUCAUGAGUUAGGCCCAUUUAGUUUUCAAAAGGCUAACGACACGUUUAUUUCAAUGUAUUUGAUUUGCCCCAAAUCUAGACGUAGCAUGGGGGUGUUUCACAAGACUGGAUCAAUGAGCAGGCAUCUUCACUCCAUCAUUUAGGGCAACAACCAAUGAACUCUUAAACAUCAGUGAAGGCGUUCAUUAAUGGUCAAACUCCAACAUGCCAUCUCAUUGCUCCUGUUACUUGAAAUGCCACCCAGUGUCUUUGCACAAACCCCAUUUUAAAUGACAUGACAGUAUUUUUAAAUUUACCACUACAAAUAUGGAUUAUUCUGCAUGUUUUACUAUAGCUGUAAAUAUGUUUUGGAUUUUUUAUAUUGUUUUGUUUCUUUCCAUGCUCUCACAAGCAGUUGUGUUUUAAUAAAAUUUAUAAUCUUCUGUACAAACA